CCUUUAUCACUUCCGGGGCAUUUCAAUUCCACUUCUUCACAACAUUUUUUGUAUUUGAGGAAUCGGCGGGGCCGUUGGUUGUCACCGAGAACCGCUUUCCGGUGACACCUGGGUGGGUGCCAGCGCGGUGCUGCCCGGAGAGCGGUCACUGCGGCCCCGGGCUAACCACGGGCCCCGCCUGACCCGUCCGCUCUUUCCGUCAUCCCGACCCGCCGGGCCCGGCUCCCGGCGACAUGGGGAAAUCGUUCGCCAACUUCAUGUGUAAAAAGGAUUUCCACCCGGCCUCCAAAUCCAACAUCAAGAAGGUAUGGAUGGCAGAACAAAAAAUUUCGUAUGAGAAAAAGAAACAAGAAGAACUAAUGCAACAAUAUGUAAAAGAACAAGAAGUAUAUGAUAACAGGUUACUUAUGGGAGAUGAACGUGUGAAGAAUGGGCUUAACUUUAUGUAUGAGGCACCUCCAGGAGUAAAAAGUGAGAGCAAAGAGACAGAAGAAGGAGAGACUGAAUACAAGUUUGAAUGGCAGAAGGUUGCACCUCGAGAAAAAUAUGCCAAGGAUGACAUGAACAUUAGAGACCAACCUUUUGGAAUCCAGGUACGGAAUGUUAGAUGUAUUAAAUGUCAUAAGUGGGGCCAUGUGAAUACAGACCGCGAAUGUCCACUGUUUGGUCUUUCUGGAAUUAAUGCAAGUUCAGUCGCCACAGAUGGUGCAGGUCCGUCAAUGCAUCCUUCAGAGCUGAUGGCAGAGAUGAGAAACAGUGGAUUUGCACUGAAACAAAAUGUACUGGGGAGGAAUACAACUCCAAAUGACCCAUCACAGCAAUACAUAGCAAGUGAAGACGAUGAUGAUCCUGAGGUGGAAUUUUUGAAAUCACUUUCUACAAAACAAAAACAGAAGCUUUUGAGGAAACUUGACCAUCUUGAAAGAAAGAAAAAACGAGAGAAAAAGAAAAAGAAAAAAAAAGGUAAACAUAAGAAAAAAGAAAGUCGAUCACCCACUAUCGGCUCUGCUAGUGAUAGUGGUUCUGAAAUGGAGAAGAGAAAAGAAAUGCACAGCAAAGAUAAAUAUUCGAAGAGGAAAAGGCACCUAUCAUCGGACAGUGAAGACCGUUGCAAAGAAAAGAUGAUUUGCAAUCAAAAACUCAGCAAAAAACACUCAAGCAAUAAUUUUGAGACUGAAGAGCAGAAGACAGAUUGUAAUAGAAACCGUAGUAGAAGCAGAAAUAAAGGAGAUACAAGCUACUCCAGCAGUCGGGAUAGGGAACAACAUGAUCGGAGCAGGAGUAUUAGCAGAGAUUCAUCUGAAAGAAAAAAAAGUAAGGACAAACACCAUACAAGACACAGUAGUGAAAAAUAUACUGAUGGGAGACAUGCAAGAAAAAGUAGGACUGAAGAGAAAGAUUGGAUAAGCAGCACAGAUAGCAAGGACCAGACCAGAACGUUCAGGGUAAACCAACAGAUACAAAUCAGAGAGAGUGGUAAUCGUAAACACUAUCAUAAGGAAAGGAGUAACAGGGAUGUACACUGCAUAAGAAGCAGCAACAACGGGGAUAAGAAUAAAAGGGAAGUACAUGUAAGAGAAUGAGUAUAGAAUUGAAGCAUUUAAAGUGAAUAGACAGAACAACCGAAGGAUUUGUAUUAUAUCUGGUAAUUGUUGAGACAUGCUGUAAAGAGAUUUGCCUCGUUUACGGCACAUCUUCUAAUUGUUUAAUACUUGAUUCUACUUCUAUAUUAUAGGUUUGAUACUUAUGUAUUAUUCUGUAUUUUUGACUACUGAAUAAAGUCUGAAACAGUAGACAAAUAA